CGCUAUUUAUAGAUUAAGCUGGCGUUCAUAUAGGGGAAAAUCAUAUGGAGAAACAUACUUUUUCAAUAAUGAAACUCGUUUUUCUCCUUUUGGUAUUUAUUACAUUAGUUGCGGCAAAGAAAUCCGGCGAUGUAACGGAGCUGCAGAUCGGUGUGAAGUAUAAGCCUGCAACUUGUGAGGUUCAGGCUCACAAGGGAGAUAAAGUGAAAGUACACUAUAGGGGAAAGCUUACAGAUGGAACUGUUUUUGAUUCCAGCUUUGAAAGGGGUGAUCCUAUUGAAUUUGAGCUUGGUAGUGGUCAAGUGAUUAAAGGAUGGGACCAAGGGAUCCAAGGAAUGUGCUUAGGAGAGAAGAGGAAGUUGAAAAUUCCUUCUAAACUUGGUUAUGGCGAUCAGGGUUCCCCGCCUACCAUCCCAGGGAGUGCUACACUUAUCUUUGACACAGAGCUGGUAGGAGUCAAUGGGAAAACAUCCAAUGGGAAAUCAGAUGACAGUGAACUGUAACUUAGGAGCCCUUCCUGUAGUUCCUGGUAGCCUUUGUUUACCAAGUAGACCAAUAUUUUGUUUGAUUAUUUUGCAUUUCACGCUGAAACGAACAACAUGUUGCUUACAUUGAAUUUUGUGUUUAUUUAAGGAGUUUCUGUGUCUGAUUUUGAAAAUGGUCAUAUGAUAUUUGUAAGCACUGCUUAUGCUGCCGUACAUUGCAGUGAAAUAAACUUUAUUUUUCAGGCAGAUUAAGAAAUUUUAUUUAGUCUUGGUUUGAUCUCAA